CAGGAUGUUAAGAUAGAAACUUGAGUGGUUAAUGUGCACAAAGAGGGAAGGAGGAAGACACUCUGCCGGGAUGAGAUCUGUACCAACAUGAGAGGAAGAGGAGUGAGUGGUGAGAGGAGGGCGUCACAGUGUGCUCUGAUCAAAGGGGUGUGUGGUGGAUUUUACAGUCUUCUAUUAAAGAUUCAUCCACGAGUUGCAUCUUGCCAUCACUGAAAGCCAAAUCCACUCACCCUCCCUCCCUGCCACCACCAUGCCAGGGGAUGUAGUCCCAGCUGCUGCAGCACCCAGCCUCAGCACCGUCUCUGGGGAGCCCACGGAUGUGGAGUGUCCCAUCUGCUACCAGGAGUACAACCAGUACAACAAAUGCCCCCGGAUGCUUGAGUGUCACCAUGUUUUCUGCACUGAGUGCCUCCAGAGGAUCCAGCUCUGCCCAUGCGAGCCCCCGGACCCCCGCAGCCCACCAGCCAUCCCCUGCCCCCUCUGCCGCCACCUCACCCCUCUGGAGACCGGGGAUGCCCUCUCAUUGCCCUGCAACUCCCGCAUCCUGGCGAAGCUGCCCCCCGUGACCUUCCGCCUGCCCGUGAGCAUGGCAACACGCCUGGCCACCGUCACCCAGAGAGUGGUGCUCUCUCUAGAGGGCGACAGCAGAGACACCCGCCUCAUCAUCCUGCCCACCGUGAGCCUGCGGGUGCAGCAGAUGCACCCGGACAGGUCGUACGGUGCGGCGCCGGGCCUGGUGGGCGAAGAGGAGGUCUUACAGCAGAGCAAGAAGCUGUACUGUGUGCAGCUGCUGGCUGUCACCUUCUGGGUGCUGUUUGUGAUCACCUGCGUGGUCGGGGUGGUGUUCGGGCCACACUUCUUCAACAGGAAACUUUAAAAAGAAACAGAAUUUGUCUCCUUUUUAUAGAAGUUAUAGUUGUUGAUAUGAAAGCACUGUAAAAAGUAGGAUGGCACAUGACAUUUUUUGAGAAUAUAAAACACUAAUUGUUUUUCAAUUAUAUUUUUAUGAAGAUAUUUUGACCACCAAGGUCACUAUUCACCCUCUAGUUAUGGGACCAACUCACUUUUAUUCAUAUAAUGCCACCACUUCUACCAAUCCUCGCUCACUGUACUGCAUAUUUGUUGCUCUUUCUUUCAUAAUGAUAGACUGAUGAAGAGUUCCCUCUAGUGGUUUAUUUGGAAAUGUAUGAACCGAGAUCACAAUAUGUAUAUAAAAUGAUUAAAUGUGCUGUCUUUUCUAAGGCUUCAUAAAGUUUUCUAUCUGUGCCUGUUUUAAUAAGGUUAUUUAUUUACAGCUGAUGACUGUCCUGCCAAUGCAUAAAUAGAAUAAAGCUGCUUUACAUAACACAUUUACAAUGUGUGUCAGGU